AUGUCAAAGGUAAAGUGAGAAACUACGCUUGAUUUUAUUAAUGGUUUAGUUGCAGAACAAUAGACGACAAGAAAGCGGAUGGAUGUUCCUGCGCCGUUCGACCGACGCGCAAGCCGAGUUCACUCAGCCGGCGAUCGACCAGCAGCGCCCGAUGAAGCAGUCUCCAUCCAGAUGCGAAGGAAGUUGGGCCCGGUACAGGGAUCGGUCAGACCAUCGAGCAAGGUGAGUUACAGGCAUAAUCUCAAUUGCAUGAUAGGGGUGUGAAAAAUCGAUAAAAUUCACAAUGAGCCAUUAUGGAGAGGCUAACAUUCUUGAUAAGGCAUUUUGGUUCAAACCCAAUGAAGACAAUGACUCACAAAAAACUGAAAAUUCGGAGUGGUGCCUCUCAGACAGCGCCUCUGGAAUAUCGAUGACAGAGGGCGGGCUGGCUGAUUGUGAUUUCAAUCUGAAAAUAUAAACAGCCAGCCCGCCCUCUGUCACCGAUAUUCCAGAGGCUCUGUCUGAGAGGUUAGUUCAUUUUCAAUUAUUCUUCCAAGAUCUCAGAAUGUUCAGGCCAAAGACAAAGUUUCAAAUGAUUUUGUGCGGCUCGGAAGGAUGCUCCGAUGAAUGA